AUGGAUACCUUUGACUGGAAACUCACCAUAAAAGCUAACAUAAUCAUGUUAAAAAUGGUCGGCUUGUGGCCUGCAGGUGACGAAACCUACAAAUUCAACAUAUACACCCUCUACACCACCGUAUCCAUUCUCGCGUUUGUCUACGGCCACAAUUUCUUUCAAGCAUUCAACAUCAUCUUCAUUCUCGACGAUAUUGAAGCAUUAACAGCCACGAUAUUCGUCUUACUCACCGACAUGCUCGCCAUCAUGAAAUCCUACUAUCUCAUCCAAAACAUAAAAAUCAUCAAACAACUGAUGGUGACUCUGAACAGCGAAAUGUUUCAACCGAAAAACCUAAGACAGAAGGACAUGAUAGAACCCAGCUUGAAUUCUUGGAAAAUGGUGUAUACCGUGUUUAGUUCAAUGGCUUACAGUACCCUUUUCUUUUGGGGAACUUUUCCGUUUCUCGACAAUUUGGUACAACAACAUCAACUGCCAUUUUUAGCUUGGUAUCCGUGGAAUGCCAAAGUUUCGCCUUUGUAUGAAAUAACUUAUGCGUAUCAAAUGGCGAGUGUCAGUUUUAUUUGUAUAUUGAAUUUGAAUAUUGAUACGUUGAUUGCUGCUUUGAAUAUGUACACUGGGGCACAGUGCGAUAUUUUGUGUGACGAUUUGAGACACAUUCAUGAGUUUGCUGACAUCAAUGCGAGGUUGAAAAGUUGUGUUGCUGCCUUCAGCAGUCAGUUUUAUUCUUCUUUAUUUUAUGUAAGCGCUGUCGUGGUAGAAAUUUUUAUGUACUGUUGGUAUGGAAACGAAGUGGAAAUUAAGAGUAGUAAUAUUCCUUACGCUGUUUUCGAGUCCGACUGGACCGAGACCUCUUUAGAAGUACAAAAGCAUAUCGUGUUUUUUAUUCUGAGGUGUCAAAAGCCAAUCAAACUCUCGGCUUUGAAUUUGUUUUAUCUCACACUGGACACAUUUGUGACGAUAAUGCGCACUUCGUGGUCGUAUUUUGCCAUUUUGCAUCAAGUUAGUGAAAAAUAA